GCGGGGCUAUGCUAACGAGGCCGGGCCGCUGCAUGGCUGCCGCCGCCCGCGGGUCGCUCUGCCUGAGCCACAGAACGAAGUCUCCCGGCUGGCCGCCGCCCGCGGGAACCUGGGCCUGGAACCCGGCGCCGCCGUAUGGAUGGGAGACGAUGACCGCCCGCGACGGCCGGGACGUCUUCAUCAGUCACGUGGCGCAGGCGGACCCGGGCGACGCCCCUCAGCCGGAGAGCGGCCCCGUCCUCCCGCCGGCGCCGCGCACGGUGGCGAUGCGCAGGGACCCGGUGCUGGGCUUCGGGUUCGUGGCCGGGAGCGAGAAGCCGGUGGUCGUGCGCUCGGUCACACCAGGUGGCCCCUCGGAAGGGAAGCUGAUCCCGGGCGACCAGAUCGUCGCCAUCAAUGAGGAGCCGGUGGGCGCGGCGCCCCGCGAGCGCGUCAUCGACCUGGUCCGAAGCUGCAGGGAGUCCAUGCUGCUCACGGUCGUUCAGCCCCACCCUUCCCCCAGGUCGGCCUUCAUCAGCGCUGCCAAAAAAGCGAGGCUGAAGUCGAACCCGGUCAAGGUGCGCUUCUCCGAGGAGGUCACCGUCAACGGCCAGGUGUCGGAGGCCGCGCGGGACAACGCGCUGCUCUUCAUGCCCGACGUGCUCAGGGUCUUCCUGGAGAACGGGCAGACCAAGUCCUUCCGCUUCGACGGCCGCACCUGCAUCAAGGACGUGAUCCUGACGCUGCAGGACAAGCUGUCCAUCAAGGGCAUCGAGCACUUCGCGCUGAGCCUGGAGCGGGCGGCGGGCGGCCCGGGCGCCGAGCUGCUGCUGCUGCACGAGCAGGAGACGCUGUCGCAGGUGACGCAGAGGCCCAGCUCGCGCGCGAUGCGCUGCCUGUUCCGCGUCAGCUUCGUCCCGAAGGACCCGCUCGACCUCCUGCGCCGGGACCCCGUGGCCUUCGAGUAUCUCUACGUGCAGAGCUGUAACGACGUGGUGCGGGAGCGGUUCGGGCCGGAGCUGCGGUUCGACGUGGCCCUGCGCCUGGCCGCCCUGCAGAUCCACGUGGCGGCCGUGAGCGCCAAGCAGACGCAGAAGUUCUCCCUCAAGUACAUCGAGAAGGAGUGGGGCCUGGAGACGUUCCUCCCGUCCGCGGUGCUGCACAGCAUGAAGGAGAAGAACAUCAAGAAGGCCCUGACGCACCUCGUCAAGGCCAACCAGAACCUCGUGCCGCCGGGCAAGAAGCUCUCGGCCCUGCAAGCCAAGGUCCAUUACCUGCGGUUCCUCAGUGACCUCAGACUCUACGGGGGCCGGGUGUUCAAGGCUACGCUCGUGCAGCCGGAAAAGCGCUCCGAGGUGACGCUCCUGGUUGGGCCUCGCUACGGCAUAAGCCACGUGAUCAACACCAGAACCAACCUGGUGGCUCUCUUAGCCGACUUCAGCCACGUGACCAGGAUCGAGAUGCUGGCCGAAGAGGAGGCGCUGGUGAGGGUGGAGCUCCACGUGCUGGACGGGAAGCCCAUCGCGCUCCUCAUGGAGCCGUCGGACGCCAUGAACCUGGCCUGCCUGACGGCCGGGUACUACCGGCUGCUGGUGGACUCCAGGCGGUCGAUAUUCAACGUGGCCAGCGAGACGGCGCCCGGGCCCCAGGACCCAGGGGCCGAAGCCAAGGACCAGCACCGCCCCCUGCUCGGCCCGGACUGGGGCCCCGCGCCCCCCGUGACCACCUUCCUCGGCGAGGACGUCUACACCGGCGGCGGCCACGACCUGGGCUUGGACCAGCUGAGCGACGUCUACACCGGCGGCCAUGACAUGGGGCCGGACCGGCCGAGCGACGUCUACACCGGCGGCGACCACGACCUGGGGCCAGACUGGCCGAGCGAUGUCUACACUGGUGGUGGCCAUGACCUGGGCUUGGACCAGCUGAGCGACGUCUACACCGGCGGCCAUGACAUGGGGUUGGACCAGCCGAGCGACGUCUACGCGGGCGGCGGCCAUGACAGGAAGACUCUGGGUCUUGGUCUGGACGUCACAGACGGGUUGGACCGGCCGAACGACGUCUACACCGGUGGCGGCCAUGAUGUGGGCUUGGACCAGCUGAGCGACGUCUACACUGGCUGCCAUGACCUGGGCCCGGACCGGCCCAGUGACGUCUACACGGGCGGCGGCCAUGACGGGAAGACCCUGGGUCUCGCUCUGGACGACACGGACGGCCUGGACCUGCUGAGCCACGUCUACACCGGCGGCCAUGAUGUGGGCUUGGACCACCUGAGCGACGUCUACACUGGCGGCCAUGACAGGAAGAGCCUGGGUCUUGGUCUGGACGCCAUGGACGGGUUGGACCAGCCGAGCGACGUCUACACCGGCGGCCACGACCUGGGGCCGGACCAGCUUAGUGACGUCUACACCGGCGGCGGCCAUGACACAAGGAGCCUCGGUCUCGGUCUGGACGACACGGACGGGCCGAGCGACGUCUACACCGGCGGCCAUGAUGUGGGCUUGGACCGGCCGGGCGACGUCUACACCGGGGGCGUCCGCGCGCGCCGCCGGGCGGCCAUCUUGCGUGCGGGCCCCGCCCCCGCCGCCAUCGUGGACCUCACGGCGCUGCCCCCCCCGGAGGGCGACGGCGCGGACGACCAGGACCUCCUGCUGCGCUCGCUCAACGCGGCCAUCGCGGCGCCGCCGCCCGGCUUCGGGGACGACGACGCCCAGGACGCCCGGGACCGCGUGCCCGUGUCGCUCAUCGACGCCGAGUGCGAGGGGGCGCCGGGCGCCGACGCCGGGGGCCCAGGUUCUCCGUGAUGCGCGGGCGCAGCCGGCCCGGGGUCUCGUUCUUGUUCUGUGCGACGGGCGGGUGUAGCCAUCCCAUGUUUUCUUUUUUUUUUUGUCAUACGAAAACGUGUUUUUUUUUUUUUCUUUUUUUUGUCAUAUGUGAAUUUGUGUUUUUUUUCCUUUUUUUUGUCCUAUGUAAACUUGGUAUUUUUUUUCUUUCUUUUUUUUUUGGUCAUAUGUAAAUUUGUUGUUUUUUUCUUUUUU